CCACCUCCAGAUCAUCCUCCUGCAGCCGCAGCCGCCUGGGCACAAGAGCAACCGCGCUUCGCAGCGCGGAGCAGCCUUCCCGAGCCGAGGCGCCAGCAGCGCCCGGGACGCCUCGAGGACUCUCCAGUCCCCAACUCACCCGGAGUGGACAACGGCACUGUCCGAACACCGCAAAGAGAGGGUCCGGGAACCACGUACGAAUCUGAUCCGGAGGGUGCGGGGCGGGACCGACAAAGCUUCCCCCUGUCGGGGCCGCCGCGGGUGCAACCUGGCUGGCGUCAGAGGCUGGGGAGCGGCAGUCGGCGGGGUUCCUGGGCCGGAGUCAGCCCGAGACGGGGUCUGAGGUGGCCUCGGGCACAGCCCGCGGGCGCCUCUCUGGUCGUCCACCUGCCAAGCCGUCCCGCAGCUGGCUCGAGACCCGGAGGCAGCUGUGUCCCUGGGUUUGAGCUCCCUUUUGCAGAGUGGCCUCAUUUGACAACUGCGAACAAUAACAGACAUCCGUACACCUCGAAUUUCAGAACUAGGGACUAUAACAUGGAUUUAGAGCUCAAGGAUUAUUAUAACAAGACACUUGCUACAGAGAACAAUACUGCUGCCACUCGGAAUUCUGGUUUUCCUGUCUGGGAUGAUUAUAAAAGCAGUGUAGAUGACUUACAGUACUUUUUGAUUGGGCUCUAUACCUUUGUAAGUCUUCUUGGUUUUAUGGGGAAUCUACUUAUUUUAAUGGCUCUCAUGAAAAAGCAUAAUCAGAAGACUAUUGUGAACUUCCUCAUAGGAAAUUUGGCCUUCUCUGAUAUCUUGGUUGUGCUGUUUUGCUCACCUUUCACACUGACGUCUGUCUUACUGGAUCAGUGGAUGUUUGGCAAAGUCAUGUGCCAUGUUAUGCCUUUCCUUCAAUGUGUGUCAGUUCUGGUUUCAACGUUAAUUUUAAUAUCAAUUGCCAUUGUCAGGUACCACAUGAUAAAACAUCCUCUUUCUAAUAAUUUAACAGCAAACCAUGGUUACUUCCUGAUAGCUACUGUCUGGACACUAGGUUUUGCGAUUUGUUCUCCCCUUCCAGUAUUUCACAGUCUUGUGGAACUUCAGGAAACAUUUGGCUCAGAGUCACUGAGCAGCAGGUAUCUGUGUGUUGAGUCGUGGCCAUCUGAUUCUUACAGGAUUGCUUUCACUAUCUCUUUAUUGCUAGUUCAGUAUAUUCUGCCCUUAGUUUGUCUAACUGUCAGUCACACCACUGUCUGCAGGAGUAUAAGCUGUGAAUUGUCCAACAAAGAAAACAGACUAGAAGAAAAUGAGAUGAUUAACUUAACUCUUCAUUCAUCCAAAAAGAGUGGGCUUCACAUGAAACUGUCCCACAGCCACAGAUGGAGUUACUCGUUCAUCAGAAAACACAGAAGAAGAUACAGCAAGAAGACAGCAUGUGUGCUACCUGCUCCAGUGAGACCCCCUCAAGAGAACCAUUCAGGAAUGCAUCCAGAAAAUUUUGGCUCUGUGAGAAGUCAGCAUUCUUCAUCCAGUAAGUUCAUACCAGGGGUUCCUAUCUGCUUUGAGAUGAAACCUGGAGAAAACUCAAAUGUUCAUGAAAUGAGAGUAAACCAUUCUAUCAAUAGAAUAAAAAAGAGAUCCCGAAGUGUUUUCUACAGGCUGACCAUAUUGAUAAUAGUGUUUGCUGUUAGUUGGAUGCCACUACAUCUUUUCCAUGUGGUAACUGAUUUUAAUGAUAACCUUAUUUCAAACAGGCAUUUCAAAUUGGUGUAUUGCAUUUGCCAUUUGUUAGGCAUGAUGUCUUGUUGUCUUAAUCCAAUUUUAUAUGGGUUUCUUAAUAAUGGAAUCAAAGCUGAUUUAAUGUCCCUUAUACACUGUCUUCAUAUGGCAUAAUUCUCACUGUUUACUAAGGAAAGAACAAAUGUUGGGAUGAUCUAAAAUUUAUUCACUGAAACUAUGUAUAUAUAACAAAAAGAAAUUUUGUUAACAUAUGUAAUUUAUGUGAAAGAUUUUAACUUAUCAGUUCAAAAUAUAUGGAAGAUAAUUUUAAUGUGUUAUAAUAUGAGGAAUUCAUUUAAAUUAUAUAGUCAGUG